UUUUUGACAAUUGAAAUUAAUGUCAUUAUUAGAUAUUUUUCACUUUUUUAUUCUAGUAAUCUAGUUGGAAAAAUGUGGUACAUAUAUAUGUAUGUACUUAAUGUAUUUUAAAACGAUUUAAACAAUUCUCAUAUAAAUUUCAUUUAAGAUUUUUUUGUAAGCUAUGGUAUAUGUAACUAAAAUUCAAAGCAGAAAUAUAAAAUAUUGAUCAUUUGUAAAAAUGUGGAGAAAUUUGAGUUAUGCUAUAUUUUUGCUGUCGUGUUUUACAUAUGCAGAACUAAGCGACACAAAAAAUAAUGAGUGGGAUUUUCUAAUAUUCACGCAACACUGGCCGGCGACUAUAUGCAGAAUAUGGAUGGAGAAACCUACGCACUCUUGUAUUAUGCCACACGAGCAGAAUUCAUGGACUAUUCAUGGUAUAUGGCCAAAUAAAAAUCACUCCAUGGGACCAUUUUUCUGUAAUAAGACUUGGUCAUUUGACCCUGAUCAAGUUAAAUCUAUUGAAACAGACUUGGAAGAAUCUUGGGGCAAUAUUGAGAAAGAACAAUCAUUGUACAGUUUAUGGGCCCACGAAUGGACAAAACACGGUACUUGCGCCGCAUCAAUCGAGCCCCUUAACUGCGAGCUGAAAUACUUCACGAAAGGGUUAGAAUGGCUGAAAAAGUAUACCAUGAAAAAUAUUUUGAACAAUGCAGGUAUCACCCCUUCAGACAUGAAAGAGUACAAAGCUAUUGAUUUUCAUAAUGCUGUGAAAACUAAACUUGGAUUUAAACCAAUGGUUGAAUGUCACAAAGUUGACGGUAAACAAUUCUUGUUUGAAAUACGCAUAUGCUUCUCAAAGUCACUUGAAUUGAUUGACUGUGAAGAUACACAUAUGACUAAUACGGAUAUUAUUACGAAUUGUAAGCCAACUGAAGGGAUUAUAUAUCCGGUAAAUGAGAAACCUCCCAAAAGAUAUUUGAUACAGCUUCAUAGAUUAUUGUCAUGGUUACGUUGGUUCACAGUGUAAAUACUAUUUAUUCGCUACAAAGAAGCCUUCAAGCCAAUCUACACUUAUCCUAGUGAAACAGGUAAAGCCUCUGAGCCCCCCAUACAUCCCAUAAAAGUUAUAAAUUUCAGUGGCCAUCAUCGUCACCUUAAAUUUUUACAUCAAACAAGGCAAUUAAUUAAAACUUCUAUUUGCGUGUCUCUUAGUGUGCUGCAGUAUUUCUUUUUUCAAUUAACUCAACAACUUGGGUAAAAACACCAUUCAACCCAAUAUUCGUAAUUUAUCUACAUCAUGCAUAAAGUGGCAAGAAUGUCAGCUUCGCGUCAGAAAAAGCAUGAUGAUCUGGUAGUAUUUACCUAUACUGACUUGCAAUUACGCCAUACCACCAGUAAAUGCGAUUUUGUUUUUUAUUAGUCAUAUUGAUUCAUAGCGGAAGCAGUAGGUAUGAUAGUACACACUUCAAAGUUGUGUGGGAAUUAAAAUGAUUAUAUUAUCUGACACGUGAUUCGAACACAACCAUAGUCGCUUCGCUUGAAACGACUACACCGUGUGUCUUGUCCGUUAGGCCACAAUGAUUCUAGUUAAUAUUUUUUUAUUUGAAAUAAAAUGAUGGCACUUAUGUUAGUACUUAAAAACGUUAAAGGCAUAGAACAGUACCUACUUAAUUAAAGUUUACAACAUUUUAAAGGAUUAAAGUUAAUCAUUAUUGGAGAAGUGCUUAGACAAUUAGCGGAAUUAUUAAAUAAUUAAAAUAAUCAUCAACAUGAAAUAUAAACAAUUAAUUAAUCAAUAUUUUUUAAUGAUUUUUUAAUUUUUAUUUAAUGAAAUCUGUGAGUACCUAUUCCUAACAACAAUACCUGAUAAUUUUCUAUAAAGCUCUUUUACUUCUUUGAUAUUAAUUCCAAAUCAAGAUUUUUUCUAACAAUUUUAAUGAAAUUACUAAAUAUAUAUUUCAUUGAUCUGUGUUUCCCAUUAUUAUGGGAGUCAUAAUUUGGCCUGAAUUAUCUAUUUAUCCUUUGUAUAAAUUUGUACUAAUGUUUGAAUGUAGUUAACAAACAAUCAUAACUCAUGAUAUUAUUUGUCAUUUGUAACCUAACUAUUUACAAACUUCUCUAUGUCGGUUUGUUGUUUAGUAGCCCUGAUUUGUACAAUGAGCAUAGGUGUGACCAGAUUGAUGUCAAUAUCUUUAAGUAAAUAUACUUUGUAUUCAAUUGGUGUACAUUGUACAUUUGUCUUGUAUGUAUAUGAUGGUGAUACCCAUAACUUAAAGAAAUACUAGCUUCGGUAUGAAAAUCAAAUGUGGAACGCAGGAGGUGUUGGCGUUUCGUUUUAUUUUAUAAUCGUUUUAAAUAUACUGAAACUGAAUGGAUUUGAUAUGAAAUGGUUGGCAUAAAAAAGCAGCAUGAUCAUUGAAUGCUAGUCAAAAUUAUUAAUUGUUAAUAUAGCAUAACAAGAUUAAUCAAAACAGGAUAUAUUAUUACAUUAAUAUUAUAGCCAACAUUUUCAUAUUUUAUUACAUUAUUAUUACGAUUUGAUUAUUUAAAUAUAUUUUAUAUUUCUUGCACAUAUUCAUUCAAUGUUUACAUGCAAAUCAUUUUACGAUAAGUAUCUGUAAUAUGUAUAUUUUUGAAAUAAAAAUUUAAUAUGCACCACAAA